GCAUCACGCAUAAAACUAUAUUACACACGCAGCAUGUGUUUCCAUUUAAUACUCGGAGGAAUUCUUCAUGUUCUUGUCCAAUUGACAAGGAAUGUUGGCGAGCAUUGGCGUCUUUAUUCAUACAACAGGCUCACGAUGCAUCAUCUUCCCCAGCUUUUAUCUGUACGACUCGUGUGUUUCUUCCGUAGCAACCAUGUUAACCCUCUGUAAGAUUAAUCCGAAACCACUCAUAAAGUUCGAGGAGAAACGCUGAAACGCCGUACGCAGCAGCUCCAACGGUUGCAUCAUGUCAUUUCCGAGGAUUGGAAAGGCGUUGGAGGUUGGAAUUGGUAUUUAAAAGCUGUGUCAGCUCAUCUCUUUUGAGCCAAUUGAUAUUGCGAGCUGGAAGAACGAGCGUUUUCCCUCAAUUGAACGAGCAAUAGCACAAACAAGUGAAGAGAUGCUGCCAUUCGCCUGUCUUGCGGUGCUUGCCCAGCUCAUCGACGUUUCUUACAGCUCCUAUGCCCCUGUAAACGUUUCAUGUCCACAGGACGCAACGCUUGUCCGGUCUGCCUCGUCGAUAUCUGACGAUGAGAAGAGCUGGCUGGAAAAGCGUCACUCUGUCACUGAUGAUGCUCUUUCCGAGUUCCUGGAAAGGGCCGACCUUGAUGGCUUUGAUGCCAAAGACUUCCUCAACUCGCUGAACAGAUCCAUCACGAUUGGUCUCGCAUUCUCAGGCGGUGGUUAUAGGGCCAUGCUCAACGGUGCCGGCCAGGUUGCUGCCUUGGACAGUAGAACUGAGGGCGCAAACGAACACGGGUUGGGUGGUUUGCUCCAGGCCUCUACGUACUUUGUGGGUCUCUCUGGUGGUAAUUGGCUCACCGGUACGCUGGCUUUGAAUAACUGGACCAGCGUUGAAGAAAUAUUGUCAAAUGACACCAUCUGGGACUUGGAGAACUCCAUUGUCACUCCAGGUGGUAGUGAUGUCUUUGAGACAGCACUGCGUUGGCAGAGCAUCAAGGCUGACGUGGAUGAAAAGGCCGAAGCUGGGUUCGACACUUCGCUUACCGAUCUCUGGGGAAGAGCUCUAGCAUACCAAUUCUUUGGUGAAGAGAAUGACGCUGAAGCGUCUUUGACUUACUCGUCCAUUGUCGACAUUGAGGCCUUCCAGAACGGUGAGAUGCCAUUCCCAAUCUCCAUUGCCCUUGGUAGAGCACCUGAUACCAAGAUUAUCAACUUGAACUCGACAGUGUUCGAAUUUAACCCCUUCGAGCUAGGUUCAUGGGAUCCUUCACUGUACUCAUUUGCCAAUUUGAAAUACAUUGGUUCCAACGUCACCAACGGUGAACCAACCUCUGAUAUCUGUGUUGAAGGAUUUGAUAACGCAGGGUUUGUUCUGGGUACCUCUUCAUCUCUGUUCAACACCGUGUCUUUGAACGUGACUGGUUUUGCUGGUUUGUCAUCUAGCUUGAUCAGCACUUUCUUAGGAGGGUUGGAUGGUGCAAACGAUGACGUUGCAGUGUACAGUCCAAACCCGUUCUUCCAAGCAGGAUAUGCUUCCCUCAAGACCAUUGUUGAAAGCGAAGAACUGUACCUUGUUGAUGGUGGUGAGGAUGGUCAGAACAUCCCAUUUGCCCCAAUGCUUCAACAGGAACGUGAUGUUGAUGUUAUCUUUGCCUUUGAUAACUCUGAUAACACUGAGGAUAACUUCCCAGAUGGAACUGCUCUCGUCGCAACUUACAACCGUCAGUUCUCAGUCCAAGGUAACGGAACUGGCUUCCCAUAUGUUCCUACAAACGAUACCUUUCUCCACAACAAGUUGGGAGAGAAGCCAAUGUUCUUGGGUUGUAACAGCUCUAAUUUGACUGACCUGGGUACUAUUCCUCCACUUAUUGUAUACAUUCCAAACAUUGCCUACACUGCGUGGUCAAACACUUCAACUCUGAAGAUGUCCUACAGCACAGAAGAUAGAAAUGCUAUCAUUCAGAAUGGAUUUGAAGCCACUACCAGAUUUAACCUGACCAUUGAUGAGAACUGGCCAAAAUGUGUUGCAUGUGCCAUCAUUCAUCGUGAACAAGAGCGUAAUGGUUGGGGACAGUCUGAUGAGUGUGCUGAGUGCUUUGAGGAGUACUGCUGGAACGGAGAGCAGUACACUGGUGAUGAUACUAUUGUCGACAGAUCAUUCAACUAUACCUCGUCAUCGAACUUGGAUAAGAGCGACAUGUCAUCCGGUGUCUUUGAGAUUACUGUGGAAUCCAGUAGCACUGUUGGUGGCUCUUCAACUACAUCUGCUUCUGAUGCCAUCUCAACUGCUUCGUCGACUUCCUCUGGUGUUUCGUCAGCGAGCUCCUCAGGGACAACAACCAGUGCCUCCUCAAAGAACAAUGCCAUGAUGACUACACCAUCCAUGAACUUUGGUGCUCUUGUUAUGGCUAUGGGGUUCCUAUUAUGAUAUUUUAAUUGUAUAUUUGCAUUAGCUUCAGCAAUUGUGUAGAUGAGCAUCAAUCCUUGAACUGUUCCCAGAACUUGUUCUUCUUAACAUCCUCCAUGUCUAUAGUCUUGACUGUAACUUUCCUAGAAUCAGAGGUGAGAUCCACGUCCAAAUAGUAGAGCUUGUCCAGCUUUAGCUCAUUGACAACGUAAUCGAGAACCUUAUGGUAGUUCAAUCCGACCUGGGCGAUGCUAUGAGAGUCGUCUGAGAGGCAGAACCUUCCGUCGUUAUACAGUUUCACAGCUUUAGCCACAUCAAAUUGGGGGUAAGGUGUAUGCCAUCCUUUUCUAAUGGCUGAGCUGUUCAAUUCGAUCAAUCCA